AAAUGGAUUCUGGAAAGAGAUAUAUCUUAAAAGGAGACUCUCGUCAGCUGAAAUGCAUCCGAUAUACCUUUAAGUUAAAGAAUAUUAAGCCUUGUCCAAAAAUAAAAAAGUGUAAAAGAUCUCGCCUCGCAGAUUUCUUCACAAACUGCCAGCCUGAGUCACGGUCUGUUAGUAGCUGUCUGAAGGAGAACUAUGCUGACUGUCUUCUCGCUUACUCGGGGCUUAUUGGCACAGUGAUGACACCAAACUACAUAGACUCAAAUAGUCUCAGCGUUGCCCCAUGGUGUGACUGCAGCAACAGCGGUAACGACAUAGACGAAUGCAUGAAAUUUCUGAAUUUCUUCCAGGACAAUAUAUGCCUUAAAAAUGCAAUUCAAGCCUUCGGCAAUGGAACUGAUGUCAAUGUGUGGCAACCAAUCUUACCAGUACAGACCACUACAGCCACAACUACAACAGCUUCCAGAUUUAAAAACACGGGUUCAGAGACCACCAACAAUGAAAUACCCACCCACAACGAUUCACCAGCAUGUGCAAACCUGCAGGCACAGAAGAAGCGGAAAUCCAAUGAAUCCAUAGAUACAGAGCUCUGUCUUAAUGAGAACGCUAUUGGGAAAGACAACACAGCCGGAGUCUCCACCAGUCACAUAUCUUCAGAGAAUUCGCUCGCUCUUCCUAGAAGCUUCUACCUAAGCACACCGCUCACUCUGAUGACACUUGCACUCUCACUCUGUUUGUUUCUAAGCUCAUCAGUCGUCUUGUAGCUGCAUUACAAAAGGACGUGUAAAAAAAAAAAUCUGUUUCCUGUCCUCUGUUGUUUAUCUGGAGUUCCAGGUCUGGGAGCUAAGCUGAGGCACUCCUGCUAGAACAGUUUCAGUCAGCUGGAAUUUUUUUUCUCUCUCUAAGAAAGCUUCUUGUGAUAUUUAGAGGCUUUGUGAAAUACUUGGUGCAGUGCUACAUUCCAAACCCAAAAGGCUUUUGGGCAUGCAGUGUUUUAAAGAGACGGUGUGUAAAUUUGCCUGUAAAGCGACCUGGUUGGAUUAUUUUAAUAAUAAUUAUUUUAAUUCUGGCUUUUACCUGAGAAGGAGGAUGGCAGUUUUCUUAAGAUCCUGUUUAUCUCAUUGAAUGGUUUUGGUUUUCAAAUUCUUUGAACUUCAGGCUUUCAAGGAUGCCAGGCUUUUGUCUAACGGUGAAUGCUCUCCCAGAGAGUGGACUUUAUGAAACUUCUUCAUUUGGUAAAUUGCUACUGAUGUUAAACUCUUUCAGUGUAUUAGCAUUUUCCUCUCUAAAUGUUUAUGUACUGUAAGUGAUUCUGCGUUUCCUGCUGAGAAGCCAUUAUAAUUCGCAUACAGGUAUAAUGUAUGUCUUUCAGUUAAAUUCUCAUCAAAAUAGCGUGUGGCAUAGAACUUUCUAACAGUACAUUUAUCUUUUAAUUAUUGUCAUCUAGCCUUAACAAAGGUGAAGAUUCCUUAAAUUAACAAGAAGCAGCCAUUGUGAAAGCUUGAUAAAGAUACAUUUUUUAAAAAUUUGAGGAUAAGCA